AUGUCAAAUAAGGAAAGUUUGGAAACCAGAGUGUCUCGGUUUCUCUUCAAAUACCGUAUCACGCCACACUCAACCACAGGGAUAGCGCCAGCGGAAAUGCUUAUGAGCAGAAAACCAAGAUCUCGCUUGGACGUACUACAUCCAGAUGUAAGACAAAGAGUACAGGACCAACAGAAGAAGCAGAAAGAGUUACACGAUCAACAUGCAGUUGAUCGACAAUUACGACCAGGCGAUUUAGUAUAUUCGAGAGAAUAUGGAAAACAACAAAAGUGGUGUCCAGGAGUGACCAAUACACAAACCGGGCCAGUUUCCUAUACCAUACAGUUGGAAGACGACCGCGAGGUUCAUCGCCAUCAAGAUCAGGUGAUCCAUAGAGAAACACCGAUAUCCGCAAAGAGAUAG